CAAUUUUGAUCCUCUUCCUGGUGAAUGCUGUUGCUCUCGGUCUUUAAACCCUAGGUUCGUCCCAACAGGCAGAGGCAGGGCCGCAUCUUGCUUCCUUUCGGUUAUUCUCAAAGAGAAGAAGUUCAGGAUGAAAAUUUCAUGCAUCAGCAAGAGCCCACCUCCUUUUUCAGCCAAAAUAUCCAAAUACUCAGGUCAGGCAGUGAAAGCUCUCCCUUUGCGUAUACUAACAGUGGGCAAGAAGAGGUCUCCUGGGAUCCAACUUGUUGUUGAAGAGUUUAAUGAGAAGCUCAGACACUAUUGCAACAUACAUGAUAUUCAUAUCAAAUCUAAUCCGAGGAAUACCAGCAAUGUUAAUGCCCAGAUAGAAGCAGAAGACAUGAACAUGAUGCAGCAAAUCAGGCCUGAAGAUUGGGUUGUUGUGUUGGAUGAGCAUGGAGUGGAUAUUGGUUCUGAGCAAAUGGCUGAUCUUAUUGGAGAUGCUGGUAUAACAGGAUCAGCAAGGCUUGCAUUUUGCAUUGGCGGUCCAUAUGGCCAUGGUCCUCAAGUUCGUGAGCGUGCCGACGUAACUAUUAGAUUAUCUUCCAUGGUUUUGAAUCACCAAAUUGCAUUGAUAGUGUUGUUAGAGCAACUUUAUAGGGCAUGGACAAUUAUUAAGAGGCAAAAGUACCAUCACUAGCCGUGAUAUCAAAACAAUGGCAACCCAUUAAGUUCCAAGACAGCUUACAACCCUUGAUACCAUUAUUUAUUAUACAGCUCACCUUCAACUUAAAUUGCAGAUGCUCUCCAAAUCACACGUCUUUACUUGAUGUAGAUAUAAAGAUUUCAACUUUCAAGUCGGAGAUCUUCAUACAAGUAUGUAUGUAUUUGCAAAAUGACACUCGUCGAUCACUAUAUAAAAAAUAGGAAUUCGAAUCUUGAUAAUAUCUUGUUGAAAUACUGUAUUACAAUCUGAAAAAAAAAACAGAGAAUUAAGAUGAUAUGCAUUUGGGACUAGGAAAAGGACAUGUUUAAUUUGAUGUAUUUGACUGUCAAGUUAAUGAUAGAACUCUCAUCCUUAGUU